CCAUUGUUACAGACGGAGGCAGCCAGUCCAGCAGGAUGAUCCUCACUCUCUCCCUGGGCCUCUUGGUCCUGGUGCACAGUGCCUGGAGUACAUCUCCCCCAGGUCAGAUCCUCCAGACUCAUCCUCUCCUCCUGAAGCCCAGCUGCAAUGACUCUCGAGUAUUGUCUAUGGCGGGCUUUGCUUUGGAAAAGAUCAAUGAGGACCGGAAGGAAGGCUACAUCUUCAGACUCAAUCGAGUGGCUGAUGUCCGAGAACAUCAUCAGGCAGGUUCAGGCUCCGUGUACUACCUCACCCUUGAUGUAGUAGAUACGAAUUGUCACGUGCUCAGCAAGAAAAACUGGAAGGAUUGUGAGAUUGGGCAGUUCUUCGAAUCAGUUUAUGGCCAGUGCAAAGCCAUAUUUUAUGUUAACUUGCCAAGAAGAAUUCUCGACUUACCUGCCUAUAAUUGCACCAUUCGUCCAGUUUCCAGAAGAGAACUUGCCACAUUGUGCCCCGAUUGCCCUGUGUACAUUACCAACUUCUCAGAUCCAAGGAUUUUUCAAACUGUUAGUGAAUCUCUGGAAAAAAUCAACAAGGAGACUACAGUGGGGAAGGCAUUUCAUCUCUUCAAAGUUACCAAAGUUCUUACUUAUUGGGUCAGGGGCCCUUCCUACUCCGUGGAAUUCUUAGUCACCGAGUCUCCCUGCACCAAGUCGCUGCCUAAAAAAUGUCUGCCACCACCUGCUAAUGCCCAGCCUGUAGGGAUUUGCAAGGGUUCCCUAAGUGGUGACCACAUCAAAAAAUAUGUCUCUGGGACGUGUGAAUUCUUCCAAAGCCAGCCAACUUUGGCUCCUGAGAGCCAUCCUCCGGAGCACCAGGUUCCACAGCAACUGGCUUCUUCCACGGAUGCACCCCCACUGGAGGAGCCAAAGGGAUCUGUCCAGUUAUUGCCUGACCCGUCUGUAGGGAAGUUUGAAGACUUCCAGGAAAAGAGACCCAUUGUGACCUUUCCUGUACAUGUCAGCUUGACUACAGAGCCCCUGGGAGAGGUCCUACACCUACCAUCCCAUUACCUGCUGGAAAAAGAGGAGCUACCCAUUGUGCUUCCUUUUCCAGAAGGAUUAAGAUCAAAUGAGUGUCCAGGACCUGCUGAGUACCCUAAUUCUCUGAUUCUUCCACCAUGAAAGUCAAUUUCUCUCUGUCUGUCUCUGCUCUUUCUGUCUUUCUGUCUCUGUUUCUCUGUCUCUCUGUCUCUGUCUCUGUCUCUGUCUCUGUCCCUCUCUCUCUCUCUCUUUCUCUCUCUCUCAUACACACACAUCUGGUAUCAUCCUUGCAAUGGAGAGAUGGAGGGGAAAGAGAGAAUAUCUGGUAUCCCACAAUUCCAUGCUGAGAAUAAUAAAGUUUUUUCUUUUUUGGCCCCUCA